CCCGUCCGUCUUCCUCUCCGCUCGUCUCCCUCGCCCAGCACUGCCAUCUCAUUCUCUCUCUCUCUCUCUCUCUUGCUCUUUCUGCCUCUCGUCUUCUCCUUGCUUCCCUCCUUCGAAGUUGCAUCAUCGAGGCCGUUUGACGUCUACCCCGGCCAUGGCAGUGGUAGUGGCUUCGACCUAGACCCCAAAGCGGACACGACCCACACACCCACCCGAGGCCUGACAGCGCAACGCAGCCAGCGUACGUGCUAUAGCCAGAGGCAGUCCGUGCCUGUAGCUUACUACUUCUUGCCUACCUACCUACUUACUUACGUAUGACUACAACCAGUACAUACAUACCUGGUCAACCACCACUACCAUCCCCAGACCGUUCGCGAGCGAGCAAUUCUAUGGGAACAGCGCCUAAUUGAUGUUCUGGUGCUGCCACGCGCGUGCUACGAUUCGCCAUGGAGCUCCAACACAAAGAUUAUCCAGCCCUACUGGACGCUCUUCCUCCCGCACAAGCCGUCGCCGUCCUCAAUGAUCGCAUGAAGCAUGUCAACGACCUGAAUGUGCAGAUCGCAGACUGGCUGCAAGAACGACGCCGAGUAGAGGAGGCCUACGUGCAGGGUCUCCGAAAGCUUGCAAACAAACAUCCUCCGGACGAUUCUUCCGAUCUAGGCAUCUUCUCGACACCAUGGCAAAAGAUCACCACCGCAACCGAAGCUAUUGCCGAAUCGCACCAUUUGCUCGCGCAGAGAAUCGAAGCUGAUGUCGAACGCCCUUUGCGCGAAUUCUCCUCCACCAAUCGAGAGAUACAGGCCAUGUCCAACAUCUCCGGGAAUCUGGCCGCAAUGGCGCGGGACAUUGAUACCACCAAGAACAAGGCUGAGAAGCUCAGGAACAAAGGCGCAAAGGCGAAAGCUUCAUCUGUAGCGAGUGCUGUUGGCGAAGUGGAGAAUGCAACCAUCCAAUGGGAGUCACAGGCUCCCUAUGUUUUCGAGAAACUGCAGGCCGUCGACGAAAGCCGGCUCAACCAUCUCCGCGAUGCGCUUACCCAGUUCCAAACCCACGAAGUAGACCAGGUGGAACGGAAUCGGAUUAGCGCAGAGGACACAUUAAACGUUCUCUUGAACAUAGAGACCGCAGAUGAGAUACAGACGUGGGCAUUGAGAAUUCGAAGUGGGGAGAGGCUGCCCAUGAGCCGCAAAGGUAGCAGCGCGAUAGGCACUCCAUCAAAGAGUUUGGUACCCCCCGUUCCCCCUGUGCCAUCUGUACCUUCUAUACAUGCGGAUGAUGAUAAGAGUUCCAAGAGUAACCUCGCACCGGAACCAAAACAUAGCUCGAAUCCGCUCAAACGUUUUGGCACUGUCUUGAGCCGUCGCAGGACAAGCGUGCACCCCUUUGGAAAGGGUAAAUCCAAAGAUCGUGAAACUGGCGAGAGCUCGAAUCGACCUGUCUCGCCAUUGCGGAGACUCUCAUCCAGGAAUUCCACCCCGCGCGUAUCUGAUGUUUCUGGGUCGCCGAAGCAGACACGUACAGAUAGACCAAAUGGUAUAAGUCCCGAACCCCCUUCUGAUGACGGUCCGAGCUCUACCGCUGUGAAUGGGACUGUGCAGGAGACGAUACCGGAAUUGAAAGAACCACUUUCCCCUCCUCCACCAGCGGAGCCUCAGGUAGAACCCGAGAAAGAUGCAGAGGGUUUUACAGUGCCACCAUCUGCCAUCGAUGCCAUUACAGAAGCGGAACGGGAAGCAGGAUUUCCAUCUAUAGAGGCCAACCAGCCCCCCCAAUUCAAACUCGAUAUCAAGAACGCACCGAUACAGGAGGAAGAUGGCGAUCCGAAUGCAGCCAUGGUAGACAUGGCCAAUACACUACGAGCGGUACGUCAAUUCCAGUCAUUUUGCAUACACACUUUCGCGUCUCAUUCCAGGCUGCGUUUGGCGCGUGAACCAUCAAUGAUCUGAUCCCAU